CUGAUGAAUGGAGCAAACUUUGUGACCAAUUCUCUACUACUUAGUACGCUGAAAGAGGAACGGAGGAUUAGGUUAGGGUUCGAUCCCCGCCUCUAACGAAUGGAGCAAAUUCUGUGGAUAGUUUCCUACUACUUAGUGCGCUGAUAGAGGAUUAGGUUGGGGUUCGAUCCCUCUGAAGUUCUCUACCGAUUAGUGUGCUAACAAAGAAACAGAUGAUUAGCCUCACGACCGCAGACCAUGGGCCGUGGGAAACCAAAAAAUAUAUAUAUAUAUAUAUAAGGAAGGGCCUUAAAAGAGAGAAAGCACAAAAAGUCUUAAGUAGCAUAAUUCAUACUAGACACAAAAUAGAAAGUGAAUGGAUUGUGGUCAAUUUAUAGUAAUAUCAUCUUGUGUUACCAUAAUAACUGUUCUAUUGGUGUGUCUAUGGAGAGUACUGAAUUGGGUUUGGUUCAGACCAAAGAAGUUGGAGAAGUCACUGAGACAACAAGGAUUGAAGGGCAAUUCGUAUAGGAUAUUGUAUGGGGACACCAAAGACCUUUCGGGGAUGAUUAAGGAAGCUAUGUCCAAGCCUAUGAAUCUUUCUGAUGAUAAUAUAGCAUCAAGAUUGGUGCCCUUCUUUCUUGAGAUCAUCAAGAAAUAUGGAAAGAAAUCGUUUAUAUGGUUGGGUCCGAGACCACUGUUGUUGAUCAUGGACCCUAAGCUUAUAAAGGAAGUAUUCAGCAAAAACUAUCUUUAUCAAAAGCCUCAUUCAAAUCCAUUAACCAAGUUUCUGACACAAGGACUUGUAAGCCAGGAGGGAGACAAAUGGGCCAAACAUAGAAAAAUCAUCAAUCCCGCCUUCCAUCUGGAGAAGCUAAAGCACAUGCUUCCAGCUUUUUUCUUGAGCUGUACCGAGAUGAUAAGCAAAUGGGAAAACAUUGUUUCAGUUGAAGGUUCACACGAGAUAGAUGUAUGGCCUCACCUUCAACAAUUGACUAGUGAUGUGAUUUCUCGGACAGCUUUUGGCAGUAGCUAUGAAGAAGGUAGAAGAAUAUUUGAACUUCAAAAGGAACAAGCUCAGCAUUUCAUGGAAGCUAUACAGUCGGUUUAUAUCCCGGGGUGGAGGUAAAUUAUUUACUUAAACAAUAGCCUUAGUACUCCUUUACAAAAUUCAUUGAGAAGUCUAACAUGAUUAACUCUUGCUCUUAUG